AUGCGUCGUAAUUUAUUUAUUAUAUUAUGUAUUGCUAUCAUUUUGCUUACAAUACUUAUUGGAGUAAUAAUUGUAUUCUAUGCAAUUGUCCCAGUCAUAGUUCGUUCUACGAUUGAAAAAGCUGAAUUAUCAUUUCGUUCAAUUAAUAUUGAAGAUAUUGAAAAUGAUCGUUUCCGUCUACGCGCCGAAUUAGAAUUAUUACGCACUGGAUCAAUUGCUGGUACAAUACUUGCACCACUUUUGAUUAAUGUAGACAAUAUUGGAACUGUAAGAAAUGAUAAAUCAAUUUCUAUUGAUGGUUAUCCUGAUCUUCCAACUAUAGGUGCAGUUGAUUCUCCAUUUAUUGUUUCUGAUUUAGAAGUUUUUCAUAAAUUCUCUGAUUCUCUUAUUUUUGAAGCAAAUGUUACAUGGCAUUUAACAGUAAAAGCAUCUAUACAACCUAUAUCGAGUGCUAUGCCUAUUUAUUUUAAUAUUCCAUUUAACAAACAAGUAAAACUUAAUGCUUUAAAUAGUCUUCAAAAUGUAAGUAUUAAAUCAAUAAGUCUUGGUUAUGUUGAAUCUAUUAAUAAUAAUACAACUCCACAUCCAGGUAUAAAUGCAAUACCAUUUUCUGGUGAACUUCAAUCAAAAUCUUCUGAAUCUUAUAAUGCUCUUUCGACAGUUAUACAAAAUUUUAUUACUAGAAAAACAAGUCAAGUUGAAGCAUUAUAG